CCUAGGACUUUUAGAUUCAGAUGAAUGCACUUCACAGCCUGGACCCUCUGGGCUGGCCCAAGUCCACAGGCAGAGAGCAGAAGACUCCGACUCAGAAUAUGUCUCCUGUAUCUCUUCUUUCAGCCAACUCAUUCACAAUGACUUAUGGAAGCCUCAAAAAUGUGCCCCUGAAACAUGUGUGGUGGUUCCAGUCUGCAGCCAGGCGGAAGGAGAGAGAUCCUCUGCCUCAGUAUACAUCUCCUGUGUCUCCUCACCGUGCAAGCUCAUUUUUGUUGAUGAAGAUGGAAUCCACCAAUCACAUCAAGGUAUUCCCUGUUUUAAACCUGCCGAGAUGCCUCUACCCCAGAGUUUGGAGAAAUGGGAGCCUUCCUCUCCCUCUACACAUAUUUAUUUUCCUCCACGUGUAGUCAGUAAGCCCUAUGUGUCACCAAAAAAGAGGAAAAAGGAAAGAGUCAUGAAAAUUUACUACAUGUGUGUUCAGAUGAAAAGAGGUGUGGCCAUCUUAAGGAGUACCAAGAAAGGAAUAGAGCCCCCCACAAAGAAGCCCAGAAUAGAAGAAAUGACCUAUCCUGAGAAGGUCCAUACGAAAGUUGCCCUCUCUUACAUAUCUACAAAGGACCUCCUAACUGACAGUGAGUCCAGCUUGGACAGUGAAGUCCCAGAGGAAAAGGGGAAGGUUGAUAACCCAGCAGAGUCUCCAGCUUCAGAGGAGAGUCCCAGGGCCCAGACUCCUGAAUGGCUGGUGGCCCUGGACAGUGGCUUCAGGUGUAUGGCCUGCUGCCGGGUCUUCCCCAGCUUGGAGGUGCUUCAGAAGCAUGUGGAGAAUGGAGUCAGUGAGGGCUUCAGCUGCUAUGCUUUCCAUUUUGCUUUGACCUGGCUAAAAAAUAAAGGGAACCGGAAAGGGAAGAAGAAUAAGAGGAAGAAGAAACAAAUCAGGAAGAAGACGUCUAGAUGUAACAAGAAAAAAACAUUUUAACGUGAAAGCAUCUUUGCCCCAAUAAACAGACUGUUUUUAACCCCUAAAAGAAAGAGAUUAAUCUUCAUCUUCUCCAAGAAGCCAACCUUUGUUUACAUAUACCUACUACCACCACCACUACUACCACCACCAAUAAGGCCAGAGAUUCCCUUUUAAUAAAUCCACUGCUCUCCCUAAAAGGAAGGAAGGAAGGGAGGAAGGAAGGAAAGACUGAAUGAAGGAAGGAAGGAAGAUGGCAUACAAUUUCAUGCAGAAGAGCAAAAUGUCCUCAUGAAGAACAGUGAACACCAGUUUAUCAUCUUUGCCUGUAGAGUUGAAAAAAGGAAACUCACUGGAAAUUGAAAAUUACUGUGGGCUGGAGUGUGGAAGAGGUGAGGGCUCCAGGGGUAGUAAAGCACCCACAAACACUUGGGAUUCAGAGUUCUUAGAAAUGGUGAUUUCAGUAAUGGGAACUUGACCAGAGACUCUUCCCAAGGUCCUGUAGUUACUGUGGUGAAGAAUUCCCAUCAGAGGAAUAUACACACGGAGGUGAAACACUUAUCUGAUGGUAAAAUAUGGAGAAUGCAUCCUGUCUAUGCCUUAUGAGGGGACAGAAGCAAAGACCUGUCUAGCAGUUCAACAGAGGAGAGAAGGUUGUGCUCACCAUUCCUAGACAAACCAAGGGUCAUGAGAGUCACAGCCACUUUAGGUCAUUCCCUGGCCUGGCUCCCUUCCAAAAGGCACAGAAGGCAGAGAGAAGCCAUUGUCCCUGAGGAAAGCCAGUCGUGGUCCUGCCCUUCCCCUGGGUGUGAGAUGUAGGUUUUCAUUAUAUGAUUUUCAUGCCUGGGAUGAGACUGAUGAGGAGCUUCAACCACUCAAAAGCCCACAACAGUGAAAUCCUUUUUAUGUAUUGGGAAGGGGACAAUUUUUUUCUGUGGACUAUAAAAGGAGCUAAGGCUGUUUUCUCAAAGAUGUCAAAUGUAAAUGGGAAAAGAGGAAAAUA